AUGGUGAAGGGUGGAAAAAGCAAAGAGAAAGCAUCUCAAGAGGUUGAGGUUGAGCAGUCAUCAGAGCAAGAGAUAGAACACUCUACAGAAGAGCAUUCAGAGAUGGAUAUGCAACCAUGGAACCGAAACUAUGGAAGCACGAAUUAUAAUGACAAUACACAACAAACGGAGACUACAUAUUAUCCUCAAAACUAUCCUUCACAAAACUAUUCAUAUGAUCAAGGAAACUAUGGAAGCACGAAUUAUAAUGACAAUACACAACAAACGGAGACUACAUAUUAUCCUCAAAACUAUCCUUCACAAAACUAUUCAUAUGAUCAAGGAAACUAUGGAAGCACGAAUUAUAAUGACAAUACACAACAAACGGAGACUACAUAUUAUCCUCAAAACUAUCCUUCACAAAACUAUUCAUAUGAUCAAGGAAACUAUGAACGUCCGAAUUAUCAUGACAAUACACAACAAAUGGAAACUACAUAUUAUCCACAAAACUAUCAUUCACAAAACUAUUCAUAUGAUCAAGGAAACUAUGAACGUCCGAAUUAUCAUGACAAUACACAACAAAUGGAAACUACAUAUUAUCCACAAAACUAUCAUUCACAAAACUAUUCAUAUGAUCAAGGAAACUAUGAACGUCCGAAUUAUCAUGACAAUACACAACAAACGGAAACUACAUAUUAUCCAGUACACCAACCUCAACCGAGUCACUCAUAUGACUCAAGGGUCUUCCAACAAUCAAGUGAAUAUUUAAGUGAGGAUAACCCAGAUGGAUGUUCCAUAAUGUGA